ACGGCGAAGGAGAGGCUGCGCGUCGCGGAUCCCCAGUUCUGGGUAAAUGGCGCCGGCGGAGCGCUGCCCUGUUUGCCGCCAGACCUUCUUCUGCGGCCGCGGACACGUCUACAGUCGCAAGCACCAGCGGCAGCUGAAGGUGGCUUUGGAGCGGCUUCUGCCUCAGGUGGAGGCCGCCCGCAAGGCCGUCCGCGCCGCUCAGGUGGAGCGUUACGUGCCCGAGCACGAGCGGUGCUGCUGGUGCCUGUGCUGCGGCUGUGAGGUGAGGAAACACCUGAGCCACGGAAACCUGACCGUGCUGCAUGGGGGGCUGCUGGAGCAUCUGGCUAGUCCAGAGCACAAGAAAGCAACCAACAGAUUCUGGUGGGAGAACAAGGCUGAGUUCCAGAUGAAAGAGAAGUUUUUGAUCUCCCCCCAGGAUUAUGCACGAUUCAAGAAGUCCAUGGUGAAAAGUCUGGAUUCCUAUGAGGAAAAAGAGGAUGAAGUGAUUAAAGAAAUGGCAGCUCAGAUCCGUGAGGUGGAGCACAGCCGGCAGGAGGUUGUUCGGUCUGUCUUAGAGGUUGGUUUCCCUCGGAGGAGCCAGAGCACCUCAGACAGUGCCAGACCCAGAAGAGGGCUCUUCGGCACCUGGAAGCUGGAAAGGGACAAACAGGUAAGACUGUUAGGAAACCUCUUAUUGGGAGUUCUGACAUCUCCUAGAACAUUCUGUAACUUUGGCUGGGAAAAGGGAACAAAUGUCAUCUUUGCUAUCCUCAUGGCUCAAGGACCUUGUCUGCCAGCCUGGCUCCUGUUUGUCUUUUUCAGCCAAGUAGCCUCCACCUCACAGCAGCCCUCAUAUGUGGACCUGCCACCAGCCCCGGAGCUUGACUGGAUGGAGACAGGACAACCGCUGACAUUCAUUGGCCAUCAUCAGGUACAAUGGAUACGAAAGUUGGGAAAGGGCCAGUGCCCCCUCAGUUCCCAGGACACCCAUCUCUCCUGGCUUUUCUGUGUAUUCUGGCCAUUCCUGUCUUAGCAGGCUUUUCCCUCUUGCUGCCCUGUCCCAUAGUAUCAUGUUCUUAGACUUUUUUGUCACCCUCCAUGGUGAUCUUAUCCACACACUGCCCCAGUUGCCACAUAGAAGUACCAACUCCUAAAUCUCAUCCUGUGCAGAAUCCACAGUUCCAGCUCAAUACGGGACAUUUAUAGAUACCCCACAGGUACCUGAAGCUAACCCCUACCACUCCUGUGUUUCCAUUAACUGUAGAUGCAGAUUCUUAUCUCCUCCUUUCUUUCAUUUUUCACAUUCCCUCAAUGAGCAUGUCUUAUCUAUUUUAUCUCCUGAAUACAAGCUGGUCUCUAUUCCACCUUGGAACAAUUCCUACUACUGCAAUCUUGUCCCAAACACAACAGAAAAUAAUCGCAUCACCUGCUAUCUUACAUUCUAUCCUCCAGCUGCACUGUGCUCCUCCUUGCUUUUGAACAUGUAAUUGCCAUUGUCUUAAAUGAUAUGCUUUCCUUCCCUCACCAUCUACUUAACCCUCACCUUCCUUCAGCUCUUAGCUUGAAUGUCACUUUUUCAUGGAAAACUGUUAUAAAUGUAUGUAGCCCCAUGUAAAAAGCUGUGAAUGUAAUUUGUGUAAUUCAUACUUCUCUUUCCCAGUAGUAUGUAUGCUCUGUAAGAAAAGGGUUUCGUUUACCUAACAUCUAGUAGGCACUUAUUUUUGGACAUCUCUGCUACUAAGACCUUGAGUCUGGUGAGGGCAAGACUGUCUUUCAGUGAUUUGCUGUGCUCUGUAAGAUUUAACAUCAACCCAGUGCAGAACUAGCAUCAUGGCAGUGGUUCCAUCCACCUCCAGUAAAAUUUCUUCCUCUAGGCUAUGAGUAUCCUAUCAUCUCUUGGCUUUCUUAUGAUUUUUUCCCAUUUCCAACUACAGGAUACACCAGGAAUUGGUAACAUCCACUCAGGUAAGACCCAUGGCAAUGUUUCUCAAACUGUAAGCUUUUUUUUUUUUUUUUAAAGAAUAAAGUUGAUUAAGAUACAGCAGUGAACUUGGGAUCUUUGAGACACACCUGAGUUCUAGGCCUUUCACUGGUAGAAGGGUAUCGAAGACACAUAUGUCAAAUGUGUCUGAGUAACUCAGGAAAGUAACAGAUGUACAUUCACCUGUUUACCGGAUUUUUUUUUUUAAACUUUCAGAUCUAAGGUGUUUUAAACUUAGAAAAUGUCAGACAUGGUAAUUCUUAUAAGGGUUUUUUGUUCAACCACUAUAUGAGUGUGUGUUAAAGUGUUUUUUAAAAUAAUACACUUAAUAGUGAAAAUAAAGAGUAUAAACAACAAGGUCCUACUGUAUAGCAGAGGGAACUAUAAUAUCCUGUGAUAAACUAUUAUGGAAAAGAAUAUGAAAAAGCAUACAUAUAUAACUGAGUCGCUUUGCUGUACAGCAGAAAUUAACACAUUGUAAAUCAACUAUACUUCAAUAAAAUAAAUUUUAAAAAUAAAACUCAUUGCAACUGAGGGCCAGAGAAGUCUCUAUACCGUACACAGUGCCCACCAUGGCAUUAGCCAUGCUACAGCCACUCGUCUCCUUGUAUUUCAACUAAGGGAAAAAGUACUUUGCUUGAAAAAUGGAAGAUUACGAACUUUAGCAUAACAACGUUUUUCCAAAGUAAAGCAGCAUCUGAUGAAGGAUGUGUAUUCUCAAUAUAUGAAAACCUCUCAACACUCAGUAAAGGCAUAUAAAAAGAUGCUCAUCAAAAUGGCUGAAACUAGGACUUCCUUGGCGGUCCAGUGGUUAAGGCUCCGCACUCUCAAUGCAGGGAGCACGGAUUUAAUCCCUGGUCAGGGAACAAUACCACAUGCCACAUGGCGUGGCCAAAGAAUUAAAAAAGGCUAAAGACUGACCAUUUAUAUAUGCAGGAACUCUCAUGCACUGCUGGUGGGGACGCAAAAUGGCAUCACUACUUUGGAAAACAGUCUGGCAGUUUCUUUAAAAGUUGAAAAAAAUCCCAAUGUGCCUCAGCCAAUGAACACUUCAAAAAAUACUCAAUAACGAAGGAACGAUUGAAAACACGCGUAACACAAAAACCUCAAAGUAACUAUGCUAAAAGGUACACAAGGGUACAUAAUAUAUGCCAUUUAUACAUUAUGGAAAACGCAAACUAACCUAUAGCAACAGAAAGCACACCAGUGGCUGCCUGGGAAGAGGGGUAUAAGGGAAGUGUGCUAGAAAAUAUUUUAAAGGGGCACAAGGAUACAUGGUGGUGGUGAUUUCAUCCCAGACACUUCAAAUUGCACACUUUAAAUGUGUGUAGUUUUUCAGGCAUGUAUUGCUGUAUUAAUACAGCUAUUAAGUAUCAGCACCUUUUAAAUUAGCCUAGGCCCCUCAACUUCCCAUGGUCCAGAAUUCCUGGGUUUUGUUUACAAACAUUUAUAAUUUUCAAUUAGGUAGGAACUUAUAGCUAGCUAUGUUCCACAACAGCCUGAAGGUUAAAAACUUUUUUUUAAGUGCUUUCAUUUCUGCUUAAAGGGUCUUCCUUUUCCAGGUGCCACACCUCCCUGGAUGGUCCAAGAUGAGGACUGUAGCUCUGGGAACCAACAAAUAGGACCCUCCUAUGAAGAGUUUCUCAAAGAAA